UCCAUGCCUCUGAGCUGGACGACCACCAUGCUUUUGGCACAUCCCUUGGGGUGGGCAAGUGUCAAGACCAAAGCCCUUCGUUUUUGGAACAUUCCGUUCAAGGGGUGGGCGAAGGUCGCUUGUUUCAAACACUCCUUGGGGUGGGCAGGUGGUUGAAAAAGUCCAUGCCUCCGGGAUGGACGACCACCAUGCUUUUGGCACAUCCUUUGGGGUGGGAAAGUGUCAAGACCAAAGCCCUUCAUUUUUGGAACAUCCCGUUCAAGGGGUGGGCGAAGGUCGAUUGUUUCGAACGCUCCCUUGGGUGGGCAGGUGGUCAAAAAAAUCCAUGCCUCCGGGCUGGACGACCACCAUGCUUUUGGUACAUCCUUGGGGUGGGCAAGUGUCAAGACCAAAGCCCUUCGUUUUUGGAACAUCCCGUACAAGGGGUGGGCGAAGGUCACUUGUUUCGAACACUCCCUGAGGUGGGCAGGUGGUCGAAAAAGUCCAUGCCACCGAGCUGGAUGACCACCAUGCUUUUGGCACAACCCUUGGGGUGGGCAAGGGUCAAGACCAAAGCCCUUCGUUUCUGGAACAUCCCGUUCAAGGGGUGGGCAAAGGUCGCUUUUUUUGAAAACUCCCUUGG